AUGCAGGAGCCCGACGAUGAGCAGCAUGUUGACGAUGUUCUGCAGGCCGACACCGACGAGGACUCGGCUCUGGACCUGGGCGAAGAUCAAAUAUCAACUGCCUCGCUGACGUCCACCAUCCGACAUUUCGAGAUCGAAAAUGGCCAUACUUACCACGCGCUCAAUGCGGGAAAAUACAUCCUGCCGAAUGACGAGGUAGCCCUUCGUUUUGAGGAUUGUCGGUGUACCUUUGCUGAUCCGUCUCUUAUCAGCAAGAAAAAGACCGACUGGGUACGUCUAACCAUCAAUUAUGAGAGAACAAGACGCAGACUGAUCACAACAUUGGCGACAGAUAUCCAAAAUCAACACUUCCUAGCGACCUUUGAGAGCCGUGCCCAUUUUGCACUGGGGGCAGAUACGGCACAGCGAGUCCUCGAUGUUGGUACCGGGACUGGGAUAUGGGCAAUUCAAUAUGGUACUGAACUGCAACUGUCCAGGAUUGCUCGAAUGGUUGCUGACGAUUUGAUUCCAGCUGAUGAACACCCCGCAGCGCAGGUUAUCGGCGUCGAUCUGAGUCCGAUACAGCCUACACUUGUCCCACCGAACUGUUCAUUUGAGAUCGACGACGUUGAACGAGAAUGGACAUGGUCGUUCCACUUUGACUAUAUCUUCAGCAGAAUGAUGGUGGGCAGUUUUGCUGAUUGGCCCAGUUUUAUCGGCCGAGCUUACGAGAAUUUGAACCCCGGCGGCUGGCUGGAACUCCAGGACUGCAUUUUCCCACUGGCGACCGACGACGGGUCUUUCCACGAGGGCCAGCCCAUGUAUGAGUGGAGCUCUUUACUGCUCGAAGCCAGCGAGAAGCUGGGACGGUCGUUGGGCGACGCUACCCGCCACCGCGAGCACAUGGUGGCGGCAGGCUUCGUCAACGUGACGGUGAAGCACUUCAAGUGGCCGUCGAACCACUGGCCCAAAGACCCGAGGCACAAGGUCGUCGGGCUGUGGACGUUGGCCAACAUCGGCGAGGGCCUGGAAGGUCUAAGCAUGGCGCUGUUGUCGCGGGGUCAUGGGUGGUCACGGGAGCAGGUCCUGGCCUAUCUCACGGGUGUGCGGAGAGAUCUGCAAGAUCGGAGGAUCCAUGCAUACUGGCCCAUGUGA